AAUUAUUAGAAACAACACGUCCUUUAUUAGUCGGCCCAGAUAUUAUCAGCCCGCCUUAUCCAAUAAAAAUGAAAGGCAAAGUAAUUCAAGGUUUUGGUCGGGGUAGUAAAGAACUUGGAAUUCCAACAGCUAACCUUCCAGAGGCUGCGACAAAUGCCUUAUGUGAAGACGUAGAAACUGGGAUUUAUUAUGGGUGGGCACAGGUUGGCGAUGAUUCAUCCGUUUAUCCAAUGGUGAUGAGUUUAGGUUGGAAUCCUUAUUAUAAAAAUGAAAAAAAAAGUGCGGAAGUUCACAUUAUGCAUGUAUUCCCUGAAGAUUUUUACGGAGUAGAAUUGCGUGUUAUUGUACUGGGUUAUAUUCGUCCUGAACGCGACUAUGAUUCAAUAGAUGCACUCAUUCAAGAUAUUAAUAUUGACAUAAAAUCAUCUUUUGCUAGUGGACCUUCCAUUUCUCAAUUUCCAGAUAUAGGAAUCAUGACGGCACCUGAAACGCGACAACGUGACGUUAAAUGUUCGAAAUUCGCAUUUAAAUUGAAGAAUAAAGAAGAUCGUGCAUCACCUAAAGAUAUCUUUGAUCAUUGGAUUAUCGAAUCAAGGAAAGCAAUCAAAACCUAUCAAACUUAA